ACCAUUUAGCGCACUUAGUUUGCACAGAUCUCUAGACAAGUAUUUGUCAAACUGGACACAUACUUAGUUCGAUGGUUAUGUUUAUAUAUCUGUAUUAUUUGCACCGCUCGCAUUAUAACUCGUGAUGAUUAUGCAAUGUACUGCUGGAAGUGGCGACAGUAAAAGUUAAGGUAGCCUCAGAAGAGGUAUCUUAUGGUUUUAGCUAAAAUAUGUUACAUCUAAAUACUUUUAUGUAGCUAAGUAAGAUUAUAUAGCGUUACAAAUAAAGGAGGAACCAAACAAGAAAAGUACAUAAAAGGCAUCAUGGACCAGUCGUCAUACCGUUUGCUGCAGAUUCUGGCCUUGGCAUGUCUGGCCUGUAGGCUCACUUCUAGUUCUUUCCCAGCCUACGGAACAAUAGUCCCACAAUCUCCAACAGUGGAAAUUGGGAAGGAAUUUACCGCUACCUGUGUAGUCUAUGAAGCUGCUAAAGCCACAGCGGACGACAUCUACUGGACGAGUGGUGGCGUCACAGUGCCCAAAGAGCAGUACACCAAGAUAAACGACUCAGCUGUUAACGUAACCAUUCUGAUCACCAGGGAAACUGGAAAAUGGUUACUUUGUAAAAAGAAUGAAUCUCCCUCAUUCUUAAACAAAAGUAAAAUAAUCCAUGGGAUUGAAUUGACCAAAGAGUAUCCUCCUGAGAAGCCUGAGAAUUUGUCCUGCAUGGCUGUCCAGUCUGGCCGACAGAUUUCCCCUAAUGUGACGUGCACAUGGCAGCCUGGGAAAAUGGACAAGACGAUAAGCCCAACAUUCACCUUGUUUGGAAGUGUAAUUGCCACAAACCAGAACUACAGCACCAAAUCUCAGAGAAGCAGUGGAUGCAUCUACUUCAGCACCUUUCCAAGCUAUAUGGAACUGGAUAUAUGGGUAGAAGUGGAAACCAAAUUGGGCAAGGUUCGAUCGGACAUUCUGUUCAUAAAUGAUCCUAAUGACAUGGUGAAAACGAAUCCCCCAUCAGACGUCAAUAUUAUUUCAGAGAAGAACUUUUCCCGGACUCUCUUAGUGAGCUGGAAGCACCCUAUCCAUGAAACUGUUGUCAAGCUAAAAUACAACAUCAGGUUCUGCACUGUGGGCUCUGGAGACUGGACUGAGGUACCCCCAAAUGACACUGAAAGUAGCAAGGAGUCUUUCCGUCUCCAAUACCUUAAGCCAGACAUGGAGUACGUAGUGCAGGUCCGCUGUAUGCAUUACACGGGCAACGGCUACUGGAGUGACUGGAGCACUAACACUACCGCCAGGACCCCAGAGGACAAGCCUACAAGUAAACCAGACCUAUGGAGAGUGGUCAUUCCCAGUCAAGGCAAAAGUGAGCGGCGAGUGGAAGUGAUAUGUAAGGAUCCAGUGGAGUCCAAUGGAAGAAUACGAGGCUACAACAUCAAGAUCCAAGAUGGAGCCUGGGAGGUUGUGCCGGUCAAUGGCUCUGAGCUGAACUCCAGGUCGCAGGAGAGGAAAAUUAUCCCCCUUUACCAGAUUCCACUGUCUGACAAGAGAAGAGGCUCCAUUGAAUUGAAGGCUUGGAAUUCUGUUGGCGAGUCUCCCCGAGCUUCUUUGGGCAUUCCUAAAUUGGCCCAUGAGCCACCUCCAGUGGCAUCGCUCAGUUGUUUUAACCAGGACAGUAGGCUGUGGGUGGAGUGGCAGCCCCCCAAUGUGGAGGCCACAGGGGUGACUGAGUAUGUCCUGGAGUGGGUUUCGGUCAGCGACGGCGCGAUAGACUGGCAGAGAGAACCUAGACACAACAGGAAGGCACCCAUUAAAGGUAACCUUCAGAGAUUCAAGCUCUACAAUAUAUCUGUGUAUCCCAUGUAUUCUGGGUGGACUGGGAAACCAUUAACCACUGCAUCCUUUCUGGAACAAGGAGCUCCACUGGAGGGUCCCUCUGUGAAAGUGAGGAGAACAGGGAAGAGCAACGCUGAGGUGGAAUGGAUGGAGAUUCCACUGGACAAACGGCUAGGCUUCAUCACAAACUACACAAUAUUCUACAUCACGGGAGGCAAGGAACACUCAAUAGUUGUCUCCCCGGACACCUACUCUUACACAGUGGAGGGCCUGACCAGCAACAGUAAGCAGGUGGUGCGGAUCAUGGCCUCUACAGUACGAGGCUCUACAAAUGGUUCGGACCUGUCAUUCAAUACUCUGAUGUAUGCUCCUGGGCAGAUUGAAGCCAUCGUGGUGGCUGUGUGCAUCGGCUUCCUGUUUGUCGUAGUGUUAAUUGUGUCCCUCUGCAUGUACAAAAUUGACUUGAUAAAAAAGAUCUGGCCACCGGUUCCAGAUCCCUCCAACAGCACUAUCGCUAACUGGUCGCCUGAUUUCCCCUCCAAAGCUGUCAGUCCCAAGGAGAGUGUGCUGGGCGACGUGAGUGUGGUGGAGGUGGACGUAUUCGACAGGAAGUCGUUGUGCGAAGAGGACAAGGCGGGCCUGCCGCUCAAGAAGGACAAGUACCUGUCGGAGGAGCACAGCAGCGGCAUUGGCGGCUCCUCUUGCAUGUCGACGCCACGCCAGAGCGUCUCGGACAGCGAGGAAGGCGGUGACUCGGGCCAGACCACGACCAGCACCGUCCAGUACUCGUCGGUGGUGGCAUCCAACGGCUACAAGGGCCAGUCCCCCUGCCCUCUCCCCCAGUCCCCCUGCACUCUGCUCCAGACCCCCCAGUGCGGCUCCUCACAGUCCCAGACGCCCAGCUUCGCUCGCUCCGAGUCCACCCAACCCUUGCUGGACAGCGAGGAGAGCCAGGAGGGUAGUGGGCAGUCCCACCAGCGGAACCCCUACUUCAGUCGUUCACCUGGGGUUAUCGAAAGCAGAGACCCGGGGGACAGGAACCAGCUGGAGAUGGAGGAGCAGGGGUUGGCUUCGCUCCGGUUCUGCCCUCUGGAGGAGGGGUCACAGCAGACCACACCCACAGAUGAGGGACAGUCCCCUGACGGACAGCCAGGCCUUGCUCCUAGCUACAUGCCUCAGCUGAAGGGCCAUAGGCAACAGUGUUAAGAGAGGAGAACAAAUGGUGACUUUAGUUCGAAGUCGUCUCACUUCAUUCAUUUAUCCCUUCUUUGUGCCUUAGUUCAUUUCAGACAUUCAUUUAUCCCUCCUUUGUGCCUUGGUUCAUUUCAGACAUUCAUUUAUCCCUCCUUUGUGCCUUGGUUCAUUUCAGACAUUCAUUUCAAGCUUUCAAAUGAUGAAUUACGUCGGCAUAGUAUUUUUGCACCCAUCAUGAACUUCCUACAGACAUCCUAACUUGCCUCAUUAAGUCUCUUUUUAAGUGGAUGACAGUUUGGCUCCAAGCUUUCAGCUUGUAUGUGGAGUUUUUGUUUUAACAUUCUAAGCAAAUAGACCACUUUCCUGAUAUCAUCAUAGUGUAAUACAUGUGAUUCUGAGACGUUAUAUCCUAUAGUUCUCUGAUAUCAUCAUAGUGUAAUACAUGUGAUUCUGAGACGUUAUAUCCUAUAGUUCUCUGAUAUCAUCAUAGUGUAAUACAUGUGAUUCUGAGACGUUAUAUCCUAUAGUUCUCUGAUAUCAUCAUAGUGUAAUACAUGUGAUUCUGAUUGAGACGUUAUAUCCUGUAGUUAAGACUAGACAGGCAAUGUAUCACGUCUUUUCUCUUAGCAACCACCAUCUCAAUCAGUUCACAUGACAGACAGGAGUUUAUAGACACAGGUCAGGCAUUACUAAUCAAUGAUGAACAUCUGAUUUUCAUCCUUACAAACACAUAUGCUGUACAUGAAUGUAAGCAACAGAUCUCGUCGGUCUCAAACAGCAAUGUCCCAGAGGAGCUAGGCACCAAACCGUAGAAAACAGGGAGGAGCUACAUGGACCUGUCCAAUAACAAAUGCUAAUUUCCGCUAGUCGGGCCCUAAUGAAGAUGACUGUGUUCCUAGGAUGGUAAAGUGUUCCAGAAUGUCAUAUUUUUUCUUCAUACUAACUAGGACCAUGUAUGUCUAUGGACUGAAGUAAUGCCUCACAAUGAAAAGUCCACUCAAUUUAAAAGCCUCUUCAGUAGCUAGUGAGCUUUGUACUGUUUAUCAUUCGUUGUGUUAGCUUCACCUGUCGUCUGAAGAGCGUAGUCUAGAAGUGGGCGCUAAUCUCUACAAACUGGCCAAGUUAAAUUUCUGGUGCGUUUGGAAAGUACUCAGACCCCUUUUACUUAUCCACAUUUUGCUAUGAGACUCAAAAAUUGCGCUCAGGUGCAUCCUGUUUCCAUUGAUCAUCCUUGAGAUGUUUCUACAACUUGAUUGGAGUCCACCUGUGGUAAACUCAAAUGAUUGGACAUCAUUUAGAAAGGCACACACCUGUCUAUAUAAGGUCCCGAAACAAAAUGUGGAAAAAGUCAAGGGGUCUGAAUACUUUCCGAAUGCAGUGUAGAAUAGAAAGAGGACUUUAAGGAAGCCAACAUGUGACACUAACCAAUACAACAGGUCCCCUUGAAAUAUGCUACACUAGUAUGUGACAUGGUGUCAUUUCAGGUAGGGAAUCGGUAGAAAAACUGUUUGACAAAUGUAUAUUUGCCUUUUUACAAUGCCUUAUGAAUUUUUAUUCAAUGUCUGCUUGACAUGCCGUUAUGAAUUCUGCUCCAAGUCAUCUUUAGACUUGAUCUGUUGCCAAAGAUCUUAAUACCCAGGAAUUACAAACUGUUUCAUGUUAAUUUAAAAAUUCUAUGAAUUACUACAUAAAAAAAAUAUUGUAUUUUAAAUUGAUCCGUUAAUAAGGACAUUGUGACUUGUGGUUAAAUUUAACUAAAAGUAAAGCAGUGCUAUGCAAGUUCCCUGCCCAUCUGGUUCCAGGUCAGAUUUAGAGCGAUUACUGGUACAGUAUUAUAUGUACUGAAAAAGAUUGUAUUAUUUCUUACAGGUAUAUCUCUUUUUUUUUUUUUUAUAUAUGAAUUUUUGUGUUGUCAUGAAAAGAGUGUUUGGAAUGUACAGAUCUCAACUGGACCUCCAAAUUAGUUUCUACAGCAGGCAGUAUGCUCAGAGAAAUGAAUGUACGUUUAUCUACAUUUUAAUGUUGCUACUUCUGAAAACUAUUCUGACAUCACUCAGUUAACACUACGUUUCCAUGUAUACAGAAAACAGCCUAGUAUUUCACUGCAUGCAACCAUAACAUGCAGUCUUAAGUAUGAAAUAAACUACUUUAAAUGCC